AUGCCCUCGGGCCGCGUGCCAUCGAAGCCAGAUUCGGACUCGCAUUGUACGAGGGUCGCCGGCCAGCGGGGGCAGGAGAACGAGGGGCGGCGGACCGCGGCGGCGGGGCUGUGGCGUGCCGCGGCCCAGGGUGGCCCGAGCCAGGAGCUCCUGUGGUUUGUGAAGGGCGACACAAAUGCCAAGCACCUGUCCGACAAAGGCGUCAAGAUCUGGGACGCCAACGGCUCGCGCGAGUUCCUGGACCAGCGCGGGCUCUCCCACCGCGAGGAGGGGGACCUCGGCCCCGUCUACGGCUUCCAGUGGCGCCACUUCGGGGCCAAGUACGUGGACAUGCACACGGACUACACGGGACAGGGCGUAGACCAGCUGGCGGAGUGCAUCCGCAAGAUCAAGAAGGACCCGAACGACCGGAGGAUCCUGCUGUCCGCGUGGAACCCCGCCGACCUCUCCCUGAUGGCCCUGCCGCCCUGCCACAUGUUCUGCCAGUUCUACGUGGCCGGCGGCGCGCUCUCGUGCCUGAUGUACCAGCGCUCCUGCGACAUGGGCCUGGGCGUCCCGUUCAACAUCGCGUCCUACUCCCUGCUGACCUGCAUGAUGGCGCAGGUCUGCGGCCUGCGGCCCGGGGAGUUCAUCCACACGCUGGGGAACGCGCAUGUCUACGAGAACCACGUGGAGCCCCUGCGGACGCAGCUGGAGCGGACUCCGCGCCCGUUCCCGCUCCUGAAGGUCAACCCGGACGUCAAGGACAUCGACGGCUUCCAGGCCAGCGACUUCGAGCUCGUGGGCUACAGCCCGCACGGUACCAUCAAGAUGGACAUGGCCGUAUGA